GAUGCCGUGAUCACCUGUCACACCGUUCAGGAGAUGGAUUGCUGUCACUGAUGGGAAGGAGUCCAAUAUGAGUGGAUAUGACGUUGGGGGAAGAAGACGCUUUGAGGACAGUGAGCACACCCUCCACAUCUACCCCGGGAGCGUUGCGGAAGGGACCAUCUACUGCCCGGUGGUGGCGCGAAAGACCUCCACGGCGGCCGAGGUGAUUGAGUCCCUGAUCGACAGACUCCAGCUGGACAAAGCAAAAUGCUACGUCUUGGCCGAAGUGAAGGAGUUUGGAGGGGAGGAGUGGAUUCUCAACCCCACCGACUGCCCCGUCCAGCGCAUGAUGCUCUGGCCCCGCAUGGCCCUCGAGAACCGCCUGAGCGGGGAGGACUACCGCUUCCUUCUAAGGGAGAAGAACCUCGAUGGGUCCAUCCAUUACGCCAGCCUCCAGUCCUGGCUGCGAGUGACCGAGGAGCGACGCAGGAUGAUGGAACGGGGCUUCCUGCCCCAACCCCAGUGCAAGGACUACGACGACCUGUGUGCCCUGCCCGACUUGAACGAGAGGACCCUCUUGGAGAACCUUCGGAACCGCUUCAAGCAGGAAAAGAUUUAUACGUACGUUGGGAGCAUCCUCAUCGUCAUUAACCCGUUCAAAUUCCUUCCCAUUUACAACCCCAAGUACGUCAAAAUGUAUGACAAUCACCAGCUGGGGAAGCUGGAGCCCCACAUUUAUGCUGUGGCCGAUGUCGCGUAUCAUGCCAUGCUUCUGCGUCGGAAGAAUCAGUGCAUUGUCAUCUCUGGAGAAAGCGGGUCUGGGAAAACACAGAGUACAAAUUUCUUGAUCCAUCACCUCACUGCCCUCAGCCAGAAAGGAUUUGCAAGCGGAGUAGAACAAAUCAUUCUUGGAGCGGGACCAGUGCUGGAGGCCUUUGGGAAUGCAAAGACAGCACACAAUAACAAUUCCAGCCGCUUUGGCAAGUUUAUCCAAGUGAACUAUCAGGAGACGGGCACCGUCCGUGGAGCAUAUGUAGAAAAAUAUCUUCUUGAAAAGUCCAGACUAGUUUAUCAAGAACAUAAUGAGAGGAACUACCAUGUGUUUUAUUACCUGCUGGCAGGAGCAACUGAGGAAGAAAAAGCAGCAUUUCACCUUAAACAGCCUGAUGAAUAUCAUUAUCUUAACCAGAUGACAAAGAAACCCCCCCAACAGAGCUGGGAGGACUCUUACAAUGACUCUGAGCCGGACUGCUUCUCAGUUGAAGGGGAAGACUUGAAGCAUGACUUUGAGCGCUUACAGUUAGCUAUGGAAAUGGUCGGCUUUCUCCCCAAAACACGCAGACAGAUUUUUUCUCUUCUGUCGGCCAUCCUUCACUUGGGCAACAUCUGCUACAAAAAGAAGACCUAUCGGGACGACUCCAUAGAUAUCUGCAACCCGGACGUCCUGCCCGUGGUCUCCGAACUCCUGGAGGUGAAAGAAGAAAUGCUGUUUGAAGCCCUAGUGACCAGGAAGACGGUGACUGUCGGGGAGAGGCUGGUCUUGCCUUACAAACUAGCCGAGGCUGUCACGGUGCGGGAUUCCAUGGCUAAAUCCUUGUACAGCGCCCUGUUCGACUGGAUUGUUUUUAGAAUUAACCACGCACUUUUGAACACCAAGGACUUGGAGGAAAGCACCAAGACUUUGUCCAUUGGAGUCCUUGAUAUUUUUGGCUUUGAAGAUUAUGAAAGUAAUAGCUUUGAACAAUUCUGCAUUAACUUUGCAAACGAACGUUUACAGCACUAUUUUAACCAACACAUCUUUAAGCUGGAGCAAGAGGAAUACCGACUCGAAGGCAUCACCUGGCAUAACAUAGACUACAUCGACAACUCUGGCUGCAUAAACCUGAUCAGUAAGAAACCAACGGGGCUCCUCCACCUGCUGGACGAGGAGAGCAAUUUCCCACAAGCUACAAAUCAAACAUUGCUGGACAAGUUCAAGCGUCAGCAUGAAGGGAACCUCUACAUCGAAUUUCCAACUGUCAUGGAACCUGCUUUCAUCAUCAAACACUAUGCUGGAAAAGUGAAAUAUGGCGUGAAGGAUUUCCGGGAGAAAAAUACUGACCAUAUGAGACCAGACAUUGUUGCUCUCCUCAGAAGCAGCAAGAGUGCCUUCAUCUGUGGACUGAUAGGGAUUGAUCCUGUCUCAGUGUUUCGCUGGGCGGUCCUCAGAGCUUUCUUCAGAGCCAUGGUGGCGUUUAGGGAGGCUGGAAGAAGACUCACUGCAAAGAAAACAGGCCAUGAGGAUGCGGUUUUGAAAAGUGUGGAUAGUUUUAGCUUUCUCCACCACCCAGUUCACCAGAGGAGCUUAGAGAUCCUGCAGAGAUGCAAGGAGGAGAAGUACAGUAUUGCCCGGAAAUGCCCAAGAACACCUCUUUCGGAUCUCCAGGGAGGCGUUAACACGAUCAAUGAGAAAAGCCAGCGUGAUGUCUAUGGAGUCGGGUGGAACAACAGGAUGGGAGUCCGGCCAAGCCGGCUCUCCAGCCAUCACAGCGCCCUUGACAAAGACGGGAUUUUUGUGAAUUCGACGAAUAGCAAGCUGCUGGAGAGAGCCCAUGGCAUCCUCAUGCGAAACAGGAACGUCAAGGCCAAGCCUAGCCUUCCAAAGCAUUUGCUGGAGGUGACGUCCCUCAAGCACCUGGCAAACCUGACGUUGCACGACCGCAUCACCAAGUCGCUCCUCCAUCUUCACAAGAAGAAGAAGCCUCCGAGCAUCAGUGCACAGUUUCAGACAUCGCUCACCAAACUGAUGGAGACCCUUGGCCAGUCGGAGCCCUAUUUUGUGAAGUGCCUUCGAUCCAACGCGGAGAAGCUCCCACUGAGGUUCAACGACAGCCUGGUCCUUCGGCAGUUGCGAUACACAGGGAUGCUGGAGACGGUGCGCAUUCGGCAGUCAGGAUACAGCUGCAAAUAUUCUUUCCAGGACUUUGUGGGCCAUUUCCAUGUUCUUCUCCCACCGGGGACUGUCCCGUCGAAGCAAAAUAUCCAAGAUUUCUUGAGGAAAACGAAGAUCACCCCAGACAGUUACCAAGUGGGGAGAACGAUGGUGUUCCUGAAGGAGCAGGGGAGGCAGUCUCUGCAGGGCCUGCUGCACAAGGAGGUCUUGCGAAGGAUCACCCUCUUGCAGAGCUGGUUCCGGGCGAUGCUCGACAGAAGGCAUUUCCUCAACCAGAGGCAGGCAGCCCGAGUCAUACAGCAACACUGGCGUCUGUGUGAGAGACGGAGGCGAGCGGAGGCGGAAGAGUCCUUGAGCCACGCUCGUUCGGUGCAUGAGGCAGCCACCACCCUUCAGGCCUCCUGGCGAGGCUGGGUGGCCAGGCGGAGGUUCCAGCAGAUGCGGGUGGCCAGCCUGGUGAUCCAGAGCCAUUGGCGGGAGUGCCUGUGGCGCCGACACGCGGCGGCCACGUUGCUCCAGGCACAAUGGCGGGGCUCCCACGCCAGGAGCCACUCUCGGGCCCAGAGGGACGAAGCGGCCUUAGGAGGACACGGAGCACAGCAGAGGUUAAGGACUUUGGAGGAGCAGAAUUCGAAAGAGGCACCGAUGAAGAAAGGUCUUGAUCUUCCAGAAGAAGGUGGGAUGGAGCUGGAGGAGCGUUUGGGUGCGAAAGGUUCCGACCCUUCUGAGUGGGAAGAUCAUUCCUUUGAAGAGCGUGUGAGAGCUGUGGAAGAGCACAAAUUGGAGACGGAAGAUCCCGGGGCUUCUUUCUACACCCACCCCAGGAAGGCCACUAGCCAGAGCGGAGCCAGCCCCGAAGAGCUGACCGCGGUGAGAGGCAGGCCCAAGUCCCUGGAAGACCUGCACCAGAGGAAAGGGGUGCGCGCCAAGCGGGAGAGCCGGCGGAUGCGUGAGCUGGAGCAAGCCAUCUUUAGCCUGGAGCUGCUGAAGGUUCGCUCCACGGGAGGGGCCUCUGCGGCCGAGGAGCAGCAGCAGGAGCAGGAGGGGUCCCCGGAGCCCCUCUCCGAAGAGGUGCCCUCCCCGCGGGGGACGCCGGAGAGCGAGGGCUCCCAGGGCAGCCUGGAGCUGCCGAGCCACGAGGAGGAGCCUGGGAAGGGCAGGGUGGAGCCCCUGGCCUCCAGUGGGAGGGAGUCGCAGCCUCUUCCGGGGAACUCGAGGCCCCAGAGUCCCCCCCAGGGGGCGGUUCACGGUGCCCCCCGUCCGGCGGCUGAUGGAAAUGGAGCGGUAUCCGUCUCUGGCGCUGAGUCUCCAGAGUGCCUUGGCGUUCGGGAGCGCCCGGCAGGAGAUGCCCAAGGCAUUGCCGUCUCUUUGGGGCACCCAAGGCCGUUGCUGAGUUCCAGCAGCCUCCCUACUUUCUACCUGCCUCCCCAGGACCUUCUGGAGACGGCUCCGUCUGUGCCAGAGACGAACGGGAGGACCCAGCCAGUGGAAACGGGGAGCAAACUUUCCUUUCCAGAAGCUGGGAAGAGCUCGGCCUUGGAACAGCCGGGGCCGAGGCCUGCCUUUCAUGGGGAAGCUCUGGAGGGGGCGGCGUUUCCCGCCUCAGGUGUGCCGUCUUCAGAGUCAGUGAUUCAGAAGCUGGAGAAGCUCAAUGUGGAGAAGGAGGAGCGCCGAAAGCGGAAGCAGCUGCAGAACGAGAAAGAAAUGAUGGACCAGAUCCGUCAACAGAAGGAAAUUUUGGGGAAGCAGCGUAAAGUUUUUGAGGAGCUUGAGAGGCAGGAGAGUGAGCAGCUCAGGAUCCAGGAGCCCUCGCAAGGACCCUCGCCAAAGCGGGGAGAGGGCCCACGACCCUCCCUCUGCUGGGCGGAUCUCCAGGAGCAAGGGGAGCGCAUCCUGGCAAGGAGCCCGGACCCAAAGCCCGUCCCCGCCUUGAGCAGCCCGUCCCUUCCCAUCACCAAAAAGGGAAGCCCACCUGCCAUCCGGCCGACCCACAAGGAGAGCACGAUCCUUUUGAUCCUGGAGCGGAAGGAAGGCCAGGCGGCCACCGCGGAGUCGGCCGGGAGAGAGCCCCCCCCACAGGCGCCGAGAGCGGCUGGAUCUUGGGAGGGCCCGAGCCACCCGCCCGCGAGGGAAAAACGCUUCAGGCUGCCCCGGAUCCCCAGCCAGAGCACCGACAGCUCUUCCAGCGAAACCCGAGUCAGCUCCAUUUUUUUUACUCCAAAGGACAGUCACUUCACGGGCAUUAAGAAAGAAUCUGCAGCCCAGCCGUUCCUCACCAAAGAAGAGCCCCGAAAGCCUCUGANUAUUGUUUUAUCAUUUGGUAUCAAGCAGGUUUCCCGACCAGCCCAUAAAAAGAAAGCCCGCAUGGCCCGGACCCGCUCCAAUUUCUUGACUAGAGGUGCUUUUGCGGACUGGGAGGGGGACUCGGAGGAAGAGGAUGGCGAGGACAGUUUUGAGCUCCUUCUCUCCCUCGACCCACCUCCUCACCCUGAGCCCAGCUGUGCCGCCCGGCUCGGGCAGCCCUGGCACAGUGACUCGGAAAUGAUGCUGCAGCGGUUCUCGUCCAGCGAAGGCCAAGCGAGGCUUCAGAAAGCAAUGUCUCAAGGAGAGAUUGGAAAGCUGCCGUUGGCUCAGAAGACAGUAGCUACAGGAGGAAGCAGGUCUCAAAGAGCCAGGAUGAAAUUUUGGGGGAAGGGGAGGCAGUGGGAGAAGAAAGCAAGCCGGGAGAAGCUUUCCACCCCGUUGGAACUGCUGGAGUUGCCUCCCAACCAGGCAGCUCCCGGAAGAGACGUCUCCAGUCUGCAGCUUGAAGAAGAACUCACUCCUCCCGGGAGCCCCGAGCUGUCCGGCCUCCACCGGAGGGAAUGUAAGGAAAACCAGGAGCCUUCUCCCAAGGUGAAGCGGAAGCGCAGCCUCAAAAUCAGCAGCGUCGCGAUGGAACCGGCUCGGUGGCAGAACGACGCCCUGCAGAUCAUCACCAGCGCCAGCGACUUGAAGAGCAUGGACGAGUUCCUCUUGAGAAAGAUGAACGAUCUGGACAGCGAGGAUUGCAAGAAGGACACCGUGGUGGACGUCGUCUUUAAAAAAGCCUUGAAAGAAUUCCGGCAGAAUAUCUUCAGCUUCUACUCUUCUGCUUUGGCCAUGGGAGAUGGGAAGAGCAUUCGCUACAAAGACCUGCACGCCCUGUUUGAGCAGAUCCUGGAGAAGACGAUGAAGUUGGAGCAGAGGGACUGGAGCGAAUCCCCUGUGCGGGUCUGGGUCAACACCUUCAAAGUGUUCCUGGACGAAUACAUGACGGAACACAUGCCUCUGGAUUAUACGGCCUCAAAGGUGACCAAACCAGAAAGAAAGAAGAGAAGAAAGAAGGAAGCAGAUGUCGUCGAAGAGCGCAACGGCCACAUUUUCAAGGCCACCCAGUACAGCAUCCCCACCUACUGCGAGUUCUGCUCCUCCCUGAUCUGGAUCAUGGACAGAGCCUCUGUGUGCAAGCUCUGCAAGUAUGCCUGCCACCGGAAGUGCUGUCUGAAGAUCACCACCAAGUGCUCUAAAAAGUAUGAUCCUGAGCUCUCCUCCCGGCAGUUUGGGGUUGAGCUCUCCCGACUGACCAACGAAGAGCGAACGGUCCCGUUAGUGUUUGAGAAGCUGACCAGCUAUAUCGAAAUGCACGCCUUGUACACAGAAGGCAUUUACCGGAAAUCCGGGUCGACGAAUAAGAUCAAAGAGCUGCGCCAGGGGCUCGACACAGAUAUUGAGAGUGUGAAUCUUGACGACUACAACAUCCAUGUCAUUGCCAGUGUCUUCAAACAGUGGCUGAGGGAUCUCCCCAACCCUCUGAUGACCUUUGAGCUUUAUGAAGAGUUUCUGCGAGCGAUGGGCUUGCAAGAGAGGAAGGAGGCCAUCCAUGGGGUCUACUCGGUCAUCGACCAGCUUUCCCGCACCCACCUCCAUACCUUGGAGCGCCUGAUCUUCCACCUUGUCAGGAUUGCCUUGCAAGAGGAGACCAACCGGAUGUCGGCGAAUGCGCUGGCCAUCGUCUUUGCCCCCUGCAUCCUCCGCUGCCCGGACACCACCGACCCUCUGCAGAGCGCCCAGGACGUCAGCAAAACCAUCAGCUGCGUGGAGCUGGUUGUGGCCGAGCAGAUGAACAAAUACCGGGCUCGCCUCAAGGACAUCAGCAGCCUGGAGUUUGCAGAGAACAAAGCCAAGAGCCGCCUGUCGCUGAUUCGCAGGUCCAUGAAGCCUGUACUAAUUGCCGUUAGAUUUAUGAGCAUAACCCGCAGCUCAAUCCCGGGCAAAGGGCGUGUCCGCCGAGGAACCCACCCGGGCCCCACGUCACCGGCUGCCACUCGGCUGCCGUCCUUGUCCGACGCCCCCGAAGAGGCCCCGAGCGGCGAGGGAGCCCCGGAGGCGGAGGUGACUGAGCAGCAGCAGGCCGCCAUGCAACAGGAGGAGAGGGUGUUGACCGAGCAGAUUGAGAGCCUGCAGAAGGAGAAGGAAGAGUUAACUUUUGAGAUGCUGGCGCUGGAGCCACGAGCCUCGGACGACGAGACUCUGGAGUCGGAGGCUUCAAUCGGCACGGCCGACAGCUCUGAGAACCUCAACUUUGACUCGGAAGGCACCGUCUCCGACCGAUCAGACCGAAGUUUAGCCCUCGGCCUGGCCAGGGCCAUCAGGGUGGAGGCUCCCAUCACCGCCAGAUCGCGUCGGCAGCUGAGGAAGCAGCCAGACUCGGUGGACUCGGUGGACUCUUCUGUCUCCUCUCCCGCCCUGUCCCCUUCCUCCUCCUCCUCUUCCUCCUCCUGCCUGCCUCACGUCACUAGGAAACGCUUCCAGAUCUACUCCAAGUCCCCCUUCUACCGAGCCAGUCCCUCCGGGGCCGAGAUGGCGCCAGAACAGCCACCGGGGCCCACGAAAGGCUUGGACGACUGGCCCCAGUUCACCACCCGGGGGACCUUCAAUCCCGAGAAAGGGAAGCAGAAGCUAAAGAAUGUGAAAAACUCUUCCCCCAAAGCCAAAGCCGGGGGGCUCCCAGAGGGGGCGGCCGGGCCGGGCUGGAAGAGGCCCUCGGAGGCUGCCGACGGCCCAGCCGCUCAGCCGCUGGUGCUUCUGGGCAAUCAGGAGUUCAUGGUGUGAGCCGCGCCGUCGCCGCAAAGGGAAGCAUCAUCGCCUCCUCACCAUUGCCGGACCUCCACCGCCAUCCCGUCCAGCUUCUCCCUCUCCCUCGUCGCUUGGCGUCCCAACCUUGUGUUGCUGGUGCGGAAAAGGGGAGGCAGGCGGUGGAACUGAAACCAGGGGUAGGAGGUUUCCUUGGACCUCAGAUGUCCUUAACUCUUGGGACUCGGCCUGUCGGGCUGGGGACUGGAAGGGACGCGGGAAACCCAUGGAGGGGACGGGGGCCAGUGACUCGGGUGGAAGCGCUCCGUCCGCCCCCGACUGUGUCUUUCAUGAGAGAACGGACAGGGUGGCAGGCGGAGGAGUUCGGGCGGCAGGCUGUCAACCUGGGGGUCGGAGCCGCUGUUGGAGAGGUUGGGGGCGUCUGCCUUCCGAUGGCGACGCCUGGGUCUUCGUGGGAGGAAGGAAGCCAAGCUCUUGGUUUGGAAAGAGGGGCGACACCCUCCUCCGUCGUCUCGUCCGGUGGUGUCAAAACGCUGCUCUCCACUCAACCCCUUCCUAGACCGGCCCCCGGGUGCCUGCCGGUGGGGAAAAAAAUGACCAAUUUUGGGCGCUCGGUUCCCAGGGGUUUUUGUUUUCGUAUUUUUGGUUUAGGGGUUGUUUCAAUCAACCGAUGCCGGUUGGAUUCCAGGUAGGUCAGAGCCCAAGGCAUGUGCCGAAAUUCCAGGAGCCGUGGCUGCCACCCGGCCCGCGGCCUCGAGCGAAAGGAGAGUCAGGCGGGAGGGGCUGUCGCCCUUCUGGCUGAGCCCCCCCCCCCGACACACACCUCCUUGAGCCCAGCAGGGAGCCUUGUGGGGAGAGUCAAAGGGAGGGGGCGGAGGUCCUAAGGAAGGGGUCAGGGUCCUAAUCGCUCUGGAAAGAACAUCCCUUUCUUGGCUGACAGCAGUAUUAAACAAAGGCGCAAGAAAAUGAAGAGAUUUAGUAUUAGGGUUGCUGGUUAAAUGUAAAUAAAAUGUCUUCUGGAUUUCUUAAACUUUUCUUUUCCACCAUGUUGGACUUUUUUUUUAAUGUGGCACAUUGAAGCCAGGAAGGUAAAGGGAGGGGAGACUGUGAGGGCCCGCUUAUCCUGCCCCUUUCCUGGAUCUGGACCAUUCAGGAAUCCGUCUUGCCAUUUCCGUGGCUGCAAAGGUGUGGGAGAAGCCCCUCCUUCAUCACUUAAGCCAUCAGGUUGAUUUCCUUUUUUUUUAAAAGCGGCUCUUCUGGAAGCUCCCACCUGGCGGCACCACCAUCGCUCUGGUGUGGCUGCAGGACCGGAAGAGGGGCUCGCUUGGGCUGCCAGAUGGCUCUCGGUCAUGACCUCUGCCCCGUGACCAGGCGGGGGCCGUGGGCCAGUCACUGGCUGCUGAGGCCAUCAGACACCAAGCUCCCCCAGGGAGAUUUGCUGCCCCCCCGCCUGCCGUUUGGCUGAUGGAGAAGUAGCGGAAGACUUAACAGGUGAGCGGGGUGGGGUGGGGACAGCCCUUCUCAGCCGAGCCAGGCAGCUAGAGCGUGCACCCUCUGGAGAGCACAGAGUCCCCCACGGAGCCACCAUCUCCAGGAGGCCUUGGCAGGGGGGGAGGCGUGGCUGAGUUGCAGUUGGGGGGGGCACAUUUUUUUUAAAAGCCUUGUUUUUUCCAAACCUUCAGCUUUAUAAUUGGAGGCAUGGCAUUAAAGAGGCCUCCUUAGAGAAGGCAAAGCUUUCAGUGGCCGGCCAUGGUGGGCAGGGGGACCCAUCAGCCAGAAACACCACCACCCCCCCGGGCGCCUGUCCGAGGUGCCUCUGGCCGUGCUGCUUCUCCGGCUCUCCACUCGGGCCCUUUCCUUGGGGAGCACAGUCUUGGCACCCUUGCCUUUGCAAGGACGGGGUGGGGGUAGGGGGUGCAUGUCUUUCCAUUUGUCUUUUUCCAUGCACGGUCGCUUUGCCCAGCUUUGGCGCCCCAGGCAGUUUUCAGACCUCACAAGGAUUUGAUGCUUCUCUAGAGAAGCGCCUCUUUGCUCCCGGCAACGGCCAGGGAGAAGCCCUGCUUUGGACUCCUGCACCGAGGGCGCCCCAGCCGGUGUGGAUCCCGGGCGUGAGAGUCCAAAGCAAGGAUGGCAGGCCCCUUCUCCUUGGGGCAGUGCGCCUGGCCUCCCCCGCCCGCAGUCGGCUCCCUUCUGGGUUCAGAGCCGGGAGGGGGGUUGUUACUCUCAGAAGCUCUGGCAAAAGAGGCAGGGGCUUCCUGCAUGGGGAUGGAUCGUGGCCAGGCCCCCUUCUCCCUUUGUGCUUUGUUGCCCCCUCGGCGGCACCUGUCUCUCUUUCACACACACUCCAAUCCCCAUACAGCAGCCACUCCCUUUUCUUCAAGUGCAAAGCCCUUCUGUCAGCCUUGGCCUCUGGGAGGGAGGGGGGGCCCAUUGGUUUCAUGUGAACCCAAAUAGUUCUCAGACGGCUUCUGGAAGUCUUUUUAGGGGGGAAAAAUAUUUCCUAGCCAAGUUUGUCCCCGAGGCCUGUCUUCCAGAAUGACUGUUCCCCCCCCCACACACACACACCCAUCUUUCCCCACUUUGUGGUAUUUAAGUGAAUGUACUCACCACUAGGAAGAAGGACCGGCGGCUACAUAUAGUUAUUUUUAAUGGAAUUUUUAAAAAUAAUUUAUAAGCAUACUGAGUGUAAAUUUUAAAAGCAGACUAUUGUAAAAGGAUAUAUUGUCCAACGUCUUACUCUAAAAAUGUUACCUGUUUAAAAAAGACUGUAAAGGAAAAUGCUUUAUUCUGCUCACCAAACGGGGGGACUUGCAGGCAGCCGGACCCUGGCCAGUUCUCCGUGUCUGGAAGUUUCUUUAAUUUUUUUUAAAAUUAAUGUUAUUUUUGUUUCACUUUUCUGGAACAAGGCCGUCAUAUUUAAAGUGCAAUUUGUGUAAUAUUUCGUAAAUAUGAUAUUAUAUGGCUGUACAAAAAGAACGUUAUGAACAAAUAACCCCCAGCUCAUUAAAGAACAAAGCCAUGGAAAAACAA